CUAUUGAAAAAUGCACCGGUUAUCGGUUAUCGCAAUUGCGUCCUCUGCAACAACACAAGAUUAGUAAAAAUUAAGAUUUCUAUUUCUUGAAAAUGAGUGUGGAACUAAGCAAUAUAAAUGGCGGCAAUGGCAGUCAACCGUCGCCAGAUAAGCGAGAGUUGCUCUGUUUAUUGAAAUUGCUUAAAAAAUACCAGCUGAAGAGCACCGAAGAGCUUCUGUGUCAGGAGGCAAACGUGAGUACAUCGGAAUUGGUGGGAAUCAGUGAGACAGAUGUACAGCAGGUACUGGGCGGAGUUCUCGGCCCAAGCGGUGGGGACACCGGCUCCAAACCCAGCGAGGCUCGACCAAAGUCACCACCAAAACCCACCGCAGUGACGGAGGCCAAUGCUGCAGAGGCUUUGGCUAAAUUUAUAGGCGACGAUAACUUCGACGCCCAGCAAUAUGAACAGGCCUACGAGGAGUUUCGGAGCUUUGUAGAGGAUUCAUUGGAUAUAUACAAACAUGAAUUGUCCAUGGCCUUGUAUCCCAUAUUGGUGCAAAUCUAUUUUAAGAUUCUCGCUAGUGCACAAAAGGAAAAGGCGAGAGAUUUCAUCGAGAAAUACAAAUCAGAUCUGGAUGGAUAUUACAUAGAAGGACUAUUUAAUUUGCUAAUGCUUUCCAAACCGGAGGAAUUGUUGGAGAAUGAUCUGGUAGUAGCCAUGGAAGUGGAUAAAUUUGUCAUACGCAUGUCCAGGGAUUCCCAUUCGUUGUUCAAGCGUCACAUUCAGGAUCGCCGGCAGGAAGUAGUAGCCGAUAUUGUCGCCAAAUAUUUGCAUUUUGAUACAUAUGAGGGCAUGGCCCGUAGCAAAAUUCAAUGUGUGGCCACGGCAGGAUCUCAUAUAGGCGAGGCCAAGCGGCAGGAUAAUAAGAUGCGUGUCUAUUAUGGUUUGCUCAAGGAAGUGGACUUUCAAACUCUAACAACACCUGCACCCGCACCCGAAGAAGAGGACGAUGAUCCGGAUGCUCCAGAUCGUCCCAAGAAAAAGAAACCCAAAAAAGAUCCAUUAUUAUCAAAGAAAUCAAAAUCGGAUCCCAAUGCACCGGCAAUCGAUAGAAUACCACUGCCUGAACUUAAAGACUCAGAUAAAUUGCUUAAGCUAAAGGCACUGAGAGAAGCGGGGAAACGACUGCCUCUAAGCAAGGAUCAACUGCCCUCGGCUGUCUUCUAUACAAUCUUAAAUUCCCAACAAGGAGUAACCUGUGCCGAAAUCUCUGAUGAUUCAACUAUGCUGGCCUGUGGUUUUGCCGAUUCCAGCAUAAGGAUUUGGUCAUUGACACCCACCAAGUUGCGUGCUCUAAAGGAGGCGGAAGCUCUGAGAGAUCUAGACAAGGAAUCGGCGGAUAUUAAUGUGCGAAUGUUGUCCAACAAUGGUGAGGUGACCCGCUCCUUCUUUGGACAUACGGGACCAGUUUAUCGUUGUGCUUUUGCUCCCGAAAUGAAUCUGAUGCUCUCCUGCUCGGAGGAUAGCACUAUACGCCUGUGGUCCCUUCUCACCUGGUCGUGUGUCGUUACUUAUCGUGGACAUGUGUAUCCCGUGUGGGAUGUACGCUUUGCUCCUCAUGGUUAUUACUUUGUAUCCGGAUCGUAUGACAAAACCGCCAGAUUAUGGGCCACCGAUUCGAAUCAGGCUUUAAGGGUAUUUGUGGGACAUCUUUCCGAUGUAGACUGUGUGCAAUUUCAUCCGAAUUCCAAUUAUGUGGCCACUGGAUCCAGUGAUCGUACGGUACGCCUGUGGGACAAUAUGUCGGGGCAAUCGGUGCGCCUGAUGACAGGGCACAAAGGAACGGUCAGUUGUCUGGCUUUCUCUGCCUGUGGACGUUACUUGGCCUCUGGCGCUGUAGAUCAUCAGAUAAUCGUUUGGGAUUUAUCGAGUGGCUCCCUGGUAACCACCUUGCUGCGGCAUAUGAGCACUGUAUCUACCAUUACCUUCAGUCGAGAUGGCACUUUGCUGGCCGCCGCUGGACUAGACAAUAACCUAACACUUUGGGACUUUCACAAGGUCACCGAUGAUUAUAUUAACAAUCAUAUCACAGUUUCUCAUCAUCAGGAUGAGAACGAUGAGGAUGUCUAUCUAUUGCGCACAUUCCCAAGCAAAAAUUCACCAUUUGUUAGUCUCCAUUUCACACGUCGGAAUUUGCUUAUGUGUGUGGGUCUCUUUAAAAGUUAAUGAAAACGGAUUAUUCAUCGAUAAGUAUUUAGUUUAAGUUACAUUUAGAUUUAAGUCCACCUGCCCUUUUGUAUGUAUAUUUUGUGUGCGUCCAAAAACUAUUUCAACAUUUUUUUAAACCCUACGCGCUCCUUUUUGAGUCCCAUUUUGAAAGACCUUGACUGGAGAGAGUUUUCCUCCAUUUUCAAUUUAGUUAUUAAGCUGAGAUUAAGAGUAGUAAACCCAAAUUGUAAUAAAAUAUUAAAUGUUUGUACAAAAUUAA